AUGUGGGGAGCGGGACAUGUGGUGGGUGGGACUUGCCGCUUACAUAACGAAUCAACCUCUCCUCACAACAUGGAGGGUACCUGAGAAAAUCGCAGAUCGGUAACCAUUGCCCACGGACAGUGCCCUGUGGGUAGAGUGGUAGGACUCUCAUUUGUAGAUGAAGGCUCAGCUCGCACAAAAUGUGCUUGGGGCUGUUUGUGGAUGGUAAGUCCCUGAACGCAUAAACCAGCAGGCCUCGAUGGAAAGGUAAGGUACAACUCGGAAAUUCCGGGGCCACCGACAAACAACAAAGACGCUCCACAUCUACGCAAUGCUCCGACGUCGUCCAAGCAAGGGCACCAGUCACCGCCAACUGCCGAGCAGGUUAGUUGUGUGCGAAUACUCUGGCCCCUGACGCAUGGGUCCAUCCGUUUCCAGUGGAUGAGAAUCGGGUGGCCGGAUAUGGUAGAGGAUCUUACCUGUUUGGAUCGACUCCUCAAUAUGCAUGAGACACGAGCCCUGUAUCGCAAAUUACCCCUCCUCAGCAGCAUUUCCUUACGUCUUUUCCGAUCCAGGAGCGGGUUUUUUUCUUGGAUUGCUGAUCUUUAGGAUUGAGGAGGGGUUGGGUUAGAUAAAAGAGGCCGGGUCCUUCCUCUGUGGUUUCUUUGGAUUCUAUUUCCACAUAAACUCUCUCCUCGACUCCAGCCCAACAACACCUACCAUCCCAUCCAUCACCGAUUCAUAUAUAUCAACAAGAACAAAAAGACACAAAAAGCAAUUCAAAAUGUCCUACUCUCUUCACCCCAACCUCGACAACGGCUUCAGCAAGGGCGACCCCAACUUCGUCGGCGGCAAACUCCACUGCCUGUGCUCUAGCAACCCAGUUGAGGUUACACUAGACUCUAAUGUCCUUCACAAUCACGCCUGUGGAUGCAGCCUGUGCUGGAAGCCCAAGGGCGCCUUGUUCUCCAUCGUCGCCGUUGUUCCCAAGGAGAAGUUGUCGGUGACCGCCAACGGCAGCAAGUUGCAGAUUGUCAACCCUGCGGCGACCAUCCAGCGAUACGCAUGCAAGGACUGUGGAGCACAUCUGUACGGACGCAUUGAGAAGGAUCACGCAUUCAAGGGUCUCGACUUUGUGCACGUUGAGUUGAGCGACGACAAGGGCUGGCAAGAGCCCCAAUUUGCGGGCUUCGUGCCUUCUUUGGCUGAGCAGGGAUUUCCCGAGAGCAAACUCGACGAGGUGCGCAACAAGUUGAAGAGCGUUGGUCUCGAGUCAUACGAUGCCCUCAGCCCUCCUCUGAUGCAGGCUCUGGCCGACUUUGCUGCACAGAACAAGCUGUGAGUGGUAGAUGAUUGAUGAGUCCAUCUAUCAGGGGGGGCUGCGUGGGAGGAAGCAUACAGGAGAAAUACAUUGUAGGAAG